UAAGUAAUAAUAAGUAGAAUAUUAGAAGGUAAAAUAUUGAUAAUGGAGGAUAUAGAAAAUUUUCUCAAGAAGAUAGGAGUGGGUCAGAGACCUAUGAAAGAUCCAUUUUUUGAUAACUCUUAUAAGACCUGUAAAGUGUUCGAACGCAAAGGUGUGAUUGCCGAAGAUGAAGAAGAACUUUGUCAUAAAUUUAUGAAAGAAUUCCUGUGCAAUGCAUGUGACGCUACUUUUGAGAAUCUGCUUGAUUAUGAAUUACAUUAUCAUAAUACUCACCAUUUUGUAUGUUUUCAAUGCAAGAAGUGGAAGCCAACUGCAAAACUCUUAGAAAUGCACAUACAAGAAAUGCACGAUAAUUUCUUUAAAUUACAAGCUGAAAAACAGCCAAUGUAUCGUUGUUAUGUUUCGGAAUGCAAUGUAAAAUUUAUGAAACCUCAAGAGCGUACGCAACACUGCAGAGAAGUUCAUAAAUAUCCAAAAAACUAUCGAUUUGAUGAAUUUAUAUAUAAAAAAGAGACUGGUAAAGGUGAUUCGGCGAUGGAAGUAGAUGAAAAAGUAACUCCUAAGAAGAAAAAUUUGAAAAAAAUACAUUUCGGAAAAAAUGCAAAAUCUAAAGCUUUUGGAAAACAAUGUUUGGAUGCCAAAGGGCCGGUGGAUAUUAAGACAAAUGAUUCAAGCUCUACACCAAGUGUAUCGUUAAAAUCUACAACAAUGUUUAUUCCUAGACAAGUGCAACAGAAAUCGUAUGCUAAACUAUUGACACAAAACCAGAAGCUAGAAAAGAAUGUUCUUGAAACAGAAAGUAUAAUGGAACUGAGUGAAUCACUACCAAAUCUUUAAUUAAUAAAUUGUUUUAUAUUUAAGCGAAGAGAUAAAAGCUCAAAAUGUAUACAUA